AUGUUCAGAACAGUUGCAAAGAGACAAGCAAAGGUUAUUGGCAGAAGAUUCCAAUCCAACCUCGACAAGCCAGCAUUCACUGCUGACCCAGCUAAGGGUGCCGAGUUCGCCAAGCACCUCGAAGCCGUCGAGCACCACGCCGACGCCUCCUCCGCAACCUGGAAGAAGGUCUCUUUCCUGUUGGCCGCCCCAAUCAUCGCCAUCACUGCCGUCAACACCUUCUUUGUCGAAAAGGAGCACGCAGAACACAGAGAACACACCAAGCACUUGUCCGACGAAGAAUGGCCUGUUCCUAAAUACCAAUACUUGAACGUCAGAAAGGUCGAUUUCUUCUGGGGUGACGGUGACAAGACUCUUUUCUGGAACUCAGACUGUAACAGACACAUUAGAGACUAG